AUGCUCAUCGUCGUCGCUGCUAUCUCGACGGACAGCGCGCCCGCGCGAAGCCGGGACGGCCGGUUCGUCGAGGUUACAAAGCAGCAGGCUGAGGCACUCAGGGAAGCGGCGAGCAAGAAGAAGUUGCCGACACCGCCGCCCGGGUCGGACCUCGAGCAGAUGCUUUCGGCCGGGGCGGCGGCAGCACCGAUCCACGGGCCCAUGCGAGUGUAUAUGAAUCAAUAUUAUAUGUGCCACGAGUCUCAGGGUUUCAUGGUGUGCAAACACGUACUGUUUAUUGAGACAAAAACGCGAGGAUCGAUACCUUAUCGCACGGCGUGGGCCACGGGCAUUUGGACGGCGACUUUCCCGGGCAUGCCGAAGUCGUUGGUUUCCUCCGCUACCGCUCCAGCACUCUCGGCGGUCGUGCUCGCCGCCGAGCAGCGCUCCGCUGCCACGAGCAGCGUCCCGACGCUGCUGAUGGAGCUCCGCAACCUCGAGGCCGACGCCAACGCCGUGCCUGGCUUGAACAUCAACACGCUGGAGCAGACUUUCGCCAAGGCGUCCUCCGAGCUGAAGCAGGCGCUCGUCUCCUUCGUUGCGGCGCGCGCGCGCGUCUUCGGCGCCGCGCUGCAGGCGGCGCUCGACGCGCUGCGGGCGGCGAUGCCCGCCUCGGUGGGCAUCGACCAGCCACACCCGCUCUCCCAGUCGCUCGGCGCGGCGCUGCAGCUGGUCUACGAGGUGGUUGGGCCGUACAACGGCGCAAGAAGCAAUGUCAACAAGUUCCUGCCCGGGCGCUUCCUUCUCGACGGGUCGGCACUUUCCGACCCCGCCGACACGAGCGCCUUGGCAGCCCUGCAGCGGCUCGAGUUCCGCGCCGCCAACCCGACCGCCACGCUGCCGCUCGCCGUGCCGCCCGGCGCGAUCGCGACGCUGGUGGCCGCGCUGCAGGCCGCGCUGGCGAACGGCCAAGCGGCCAUGGUGUGGGCCGCGGUGCUCGCCGCCGAGCGGCGCUCCGCGGCCACGAGCAGCGUCCCGACGCUGCUGAUGGAGCUCCGCAACCUCGAGGCCGACGCCAACGCCGUGCCUGGCUUGUACAUCAGUCUGCUGGAGCAGACCUUGGCCAAGGCGCCGCCCCAGCUGAAGCAGGCGCUCGUCUCCUUCGUUGCGGCGCGCGCGCACGUCUUCGGCGCCGCGCUGCAGGCGGCGCUCGACGCGCUGCGGGCGGCGAUGCCCGCCUCGGUGGGCAUCGACCAGCCACACCCGCUCUCCCAGUCGCUCGGCGCGGCGCUGCAGCUGGUCUACGAGGUGGUUGGGCCGUACAAAAGCGCAAGAAGCCGUGUCAGCAAGUUCCUGCCCGGGCGCUUCCUUCUCGACGGGUCGGCACUUUCCGACCCCGCCGACACGAGCGCCUUGGCAGCCCUGCAGCGGCUCGAGUUCCGCGCCGCCAACCCGACCGCCACGCUGCCGCUCGCCGUGCCGCCCGGCGCGAUCGCGACGCUGGUGGCCGCGCUGCAGGCCGCGCUGGCGAACGGCCAAGCGGCCAUGGUGUGGGCCGCGGUGCUCGCCGCCGAGCGGCGCUCCGCGGCCACGAGCAGCGUCCCGACGCUGCUGCUGCUGCUCGACGAGCUCAAGGCCGACAUCGACGCCGUGCCUGGCUUGAACAUCAACACGCUGGAGCAGACUUUCGCCAAGGCGCCCUCCGAGCUGAAGCAGGCGCUCGUCUCCUUCGUUGCGGUGCGCGCGCGCGUCUUCGGCGCCGCGCUGCAGGCGGCGCACGACGCGCUGCGGGCGGCGAUGUCGGCAGUCCCGCCCAACGUUGGGCGGGUCGUUUGCCGCGCCGCCCUCGCCCACGGCCUCAUCGAGGCGUGCGUGUCCUUGGAGAGGUGCACGACGAGUUUCGGGAUCCGCGGAGCGGCGAUGUCGGGGUGCGUGGAGCUGGACCCCCCCGAGCCGACCAUCGCUGCCGCGCUCGAGAGGCUUCACGUGACGGACUCUCUCCGCGACGGCUCCGGCGCGGAGCGGGCGGUGCUCCCUUCCUGGUGCUCGGGUGAGGACGCCUCCGAGGACGUGCUCGAGGUGCUCCGCUGCGAGUGCGGUGGCGGCGGAGACGAGCUGCCGCUGGUGUCCUCUAUCGGCCCCAACUUUAAGCUGCUCGCCGUGCUCGACGCGGUGCUCCGCAAGUGCGUCGUCGAGAGCGACGUCAGCGGCCCCAGCAGGCCGCACGUCAUGCUCGGGCGGCGGUCGCUGCAGGCGCGUGCCAAGUGGGCCGAGGCGAAAGGCGACGCGUGGGCGCUAUUCCAGCUGACGCAGCGGGAGGCGGAGCGCGCAGCAGGCCCAGCUCCAGCUCUUGCCGUUUCGGAAGCGCUCCUGACCGAGACGCGGUCGCUGAUACAGACGCGCGUGCCGCUCCACUCCGGCAAGCCUUUCACCGCCGACGGGCUGCUCGCCGCCCUCGCGGCCUCCGAGGGCGGCUCGCCCGCGCUCUGCGAGGUGCGCCAGCUGCUGUGUGCCUCGGAGCCGCUUGACGACGUGUUCGCGCGAAAGGGCAGCUUGCGCCCCGACCUCGGCGAGGACGACGCCUUCCUCGCCAAGGCCGUCGUCACCUUCUCCAACUUGGUCGAGCUGUCCGUCGCGCCGCUCGAUGGCGGCCCGCCCGGCAACCAGCGCCGCAUUCGGCUGGUUUGGGAGGAGGGCUACGUCGCCCUGAGCGCGCAGAGCGGCGCGGCGUGGCAUCCCCUUUUCAAGGUGUUGGACGCCGCGUGCGAGGCGGAGCUGCGGCGGCGGGGCGUCGACCCGGCGACGGCGCUGCUGGGCGAGCUGUCGAUCCUUUUUGUCAAGCCGUACCUGUACGGCGCCAAAAUCGGCAUGACUCUCUGCCGGCACCUGUACCGCCCCAACGGCCUGAGCAUGCAGCUCCUCUCGGGCCAGGCGCUGGUCGUCGGCCUCGAGGGCGAGCAGGACGUGGUGCUGGACAAGCCGACCAAGGUGGUCAACCACGUGUGCCAGCUGCUGCGGGUGGCGCCGUCCCACCUCUUCAUCUCCGCAAAGGGGCCGCCGAAGGUCGUGAUCUUCGGGGACAACCCCUGCUUCUCCUUCUCCCUCCGCCCGCGCGUGGUCGAUUUUGCCGGCUCAGACGUGCGGGUGCUCAACCGUCUCUUUGGCAUCCACAAGGCAGACCCGUCGCAGGGAGAGGGGCUCCGCCUCGCGCGGCUCACCGGCGCCGGUGUGCCGGAUUGGAUGCUGGAGCGCUGCCGGUCCAUGCCGCACGACGUCUUCUUCGACUCGCAGCGGCCGGUGAUCUCGCGAGUGCAAGCGGGCAGGCACGUCGGCAGCACCGGGCGCGACCUCCUCGCCGCGGCCAGCUGCGCUGAGCUCGCGCCCCCGAUUCCGGCGGUGCACCGCGCAGCGGCGGCGGCGGCACUCGAGGCCGGCGAGUCGCUGCUUGAGUUCACGACGCCAUCAUUUUCGUCGUUCGAGGACACACGCCGCUCGCCGUCCGAGGCUGCGGCGCAGGCGCAAUCUGCUCUUGUGCUCGUCGGCACCUCGCCCGCAGAGGACGGCGCGGACGGCUCGAACCCCCCCAGGCGCUCAACCCGCCGCAAAUUCACGUGA